GCAUAAAUAAAUCAAAGUUGAAGUGUUCAAGAGAGCAAGAAAGAAUAAAGAAAAGUAGCAAGUAAAAUAAUAAUUGAGCAGAAGAAGAAAUAUAAUGUGGAGCAGAGGAGAAUUGGGUAGCAGCCAUAAACAUAGCAGCAGUAGUGUUUGUAGAGUGCAAACAAAGACUUGUGAGUCACGGGGCCUUCUCUGCCACCGCCCUUUUGCUUGCUUUACAAUUCCCUUCUUUUCUUUGAAUUCCCUUACCACCCUCAUCAUAUCCAUUUUUGCACUAAAUCUUUUGUUUACUGAAUUUCCUUGCUUUUGAGUUUCAUUUAUCAUGCUUUAUGUCUAAUUAAAGUUGCUAACUAGUUGCGGCGAAUUCAACUCGAAGAAAAACUCUCCGUGUUUCUUAGUAAUACGUUAUCGUUCAUCAACUAAUAAAAUCUCCAGGAGAUCAUCCUGCUGCAGCCCCGAGAUGGCGAGACGUGUGGAGGCACCGUACAGUAAUGUGAUAGGACGGAAACAUUACUACACUAUAUCCCACACUGUGUUUGAGAUCGAUACUAAGUAUGUUCCGAUCAAGUCCAUAGGCAGGGGAGCGUAUGGUGUAGUGUGUUCUUCGGUUAACAAAGAGACUAAUGAGAAAGUGGCGAUCAAGAAGAUUAAUAACGUGUUUGGGAAUAGGAUUGACGCGUUGAGAACUCUGAGGGAGUUGAAGCUACUCCGCCAUAUCAGGCACGAGAAUGUGAUUGCUCUCAAAGAUGUGAUGAUGCCUGUUUACAAAACGAGUUUUCAGGAUGUCUACUUGGUUUAUGAAUUGAUGGAUACUGAUCUUCAUCAUAUUAUAAAGUCCCCUCAACCGCUAUCAACUGAUCACUGCAAGUAUUUCUUAUAUCAGUUACUUUGUGGUUUAAAGUAUCUUCACUCAGCAAAUGUUCUUCACCGUGAUUUAAAGCCUGGUAAUCUCCUCGUCAAUGCCAAUUGUGAAUUAAAGAUAUGUGAUUUCGGAUUGGCACGUAAAGGUAGGGACAACGGACAGUUUAUGACUGAGUAUGUUGUCACUCGUUGGUACCGUGCACCUGAGCUCCUCCUCUGCUGUGACAACUAUGGGACCUCAAUUGACGUCUGGUCUGUAGGAUGCAUCUUUGCAGAAAUCCUUGGGCGAAAACCCCUCUUUCCUGGGACCGAAGCCCUCAACCAGCUUAAACUAAUCAUCAGCAUUCUUGGAAGCCAGGUUGAUGCUGAUCUUGAAUUCAUUGAUAAUCCUAAGGCUAGGAGGUUCAUCAGAUCACUACCCUACACCAGAGGAAUUCGGUUUCCUUCUCUAUAUCCCCAGGCUGAUCCAUUAGCAUUGGACUUAUUGCAGCGGAUGCUAGUAUUCGAUCCAUCCAAGAGAAUAACAGUCACAGAAGCUCUUCGACAUCCUUUUAUGUCAAGCCUUUAUGAUUCAAGUCGUAAUCCUCCUGCACAAAUCCCGAUGGACCUCGACAUCAAUGAGAAUAUGGGAGAACAGAUGAUUAGGGAAAUGAUGUUGAAGGAAAUGCUUCACUAUCAUCCUGAAGCUGUUUAUACACCUUCAUUGGCCAUGCACUUAUAAUAAUUCAGAAGGUGCCUUCCUUUAUCUAUUACUCAAUGUAGCAGAUGAAAACACAUUAUGCUAUAAUACGUCGAUUGUAAGGCUGUUCAAGUUUUGAAGAUUUAGAAGCGCGCAGAAAUAAACCAGUUGAGGCAAGUAUGAUCUUCAAACUGGAUGAGCUUAUUUAUGGUACUUUCUUGAAUUCUUGGUCACUGGCCUUUAAAAAUUGCGAACUCCUUUUAAUUGAGAUGGUUACUUCUAUGAAUGCCUGUAUGAAGUACUACAAGGAUUAUUACAAUUGUACAAAAAUAUUACCACUUCAGGAACAAAAAUUAAGAACAUCUGUGCGUCCGCUGCUCUAUGCCAUCCGUUUCUCUGUGUACGCAAAUAUUUUGAAAGAAUGGAGAUUCUGUCCUUUAUUUUCACAA